CGACAUGGGGCGGGGGGGGGCAAUCAAGCGUCUCCUUUUGGAAUCGUUGGAAAAGGGCACAGUUUUAGUUUCAGUCUAAUGGCAUAAGUCAAAGUAUGUGCAGUACCGCGCCUUGGCAUUGAUACUGGACACAAAGUCCGCACUGAUAGGAAUCUAGCAGUGUCCCCGCCUUGAGGUGUGAACCGUGUGUCAGGUGAAACAAGCAGUGUGUAUGUGUGAUUUAAAAUUGCACAUUGAUUCACUGAUCCUGAGCGAAGGAAAGCAGGGAGGGCUCGCUUUACGAGCAUUGCCGACGAGUUCAUUGGGAAACUGUUCACGUCAGCUGCGGGUCAGUCCGCCGUGCUUAAAGCGAUAUAUAGUCAAGUGGAAUAUGGGGAACAGUGGCAGUCAUUAUCCUGGGAUUCCUAGUGGGAAAGGACCAAAUCUUGUUGGAUGUGUUGAUUUGAUGGACGAUCUCACAAUUCAGGGAAGUUUUUUACGCUUGUAUUACCCUUGUGAGCAAGGUGGGAAGCAACAACAGCCACUAUGGAUUCCCAGACAUGAAUAUUACUAUGGACUCGCUGAUUUUCUUAAAUAUAACAGAAAAUGCGUUGAAUAUAUUUUAAAUUAUUUAUAUGGGUCGUACAGAGUUCCUGCGGAGUGGGGUGCCCCAUUUAAAAGUGAUGGAAAAUAUCCUCUAGUUGUUUUCUCUCAUGGCCUUGGAGCUUUCAGGACUCUGUAUUCAGCAAUAUGCAUUGAAGUGGCUUCGCGGGGAUUUGUAGUUGCAGCUGUGGAACACAGGGAUGGAUCAGCUUCAGCAACCUACUACUUUGAGGAGAAAACUAAAACAGUCAAUGAUGUAGGAGAAUCUACCUCAUCCACCAUCUCAACACUUCCUUUAGAUCGGUUGCAGAUGAAAUGGCUUUACUAUAAACCACUUAAAGAGAGAGAACAAGAGUUUUCAUUACGGAAUGUCCAGGUUCAUCAGAGAGCGGAAGAGUGCAUCAAGGCCUUGAAUCUGCUCACUGAUAUAAACAUGGGAAAGCCGGUCCACAAUAUAUUUCCACUAAAAUUUGAUUUCAUUAAAAUGAAGGACACUCUCGAUCUGCAGAAGGUAACUAUUAUGGGCCACUCAUUUGGUGGAGCCACAGUUAUUGAUGCACUCAGCAAAGACCAUCGGUUUCAAUGUGGAGUGGCAUUAGAUGCAUGGAUGUUCCCACUGGAGGAUGAGAUACAUACAAAGGUACAGAAGCCAAUACUGUUCAUCAACUCAGAAAAAUUCCAGUGGGUUGUGAAUAUCCUGAAAAUGAAAAAACUUGAUUCAAACACAGUACAGCGAAAGAUGAUUACAAUCAUGGGAACGGUUCAUCAGAGCUUCCCUGAUUUCACAUUUUUGACUGGCACUUUCUUUGGAAGGAUAUUUCAAUUGAAAGGAACAAUAGAUCCCCUUAUAGCUAUUGAUAUUAGCAACAAAGCUUCUUUAGCAUUCAUGCAAAGACACUUGGGUCUUGAGAAAGAUUUUGAUCAAUGGGACCCUCUUAUUGAUGGGAAAGGAGAACACAUUAUACCAGGCACAAAUAUUCAUUUGCCUUUAACAAAUUCUGAACCCAAGCAAUGACUGUCAAUGUUGAGUGUACUGCAGUAAAAUAAAAAUAAAAAUAAAAUUAGUAUGAACAGAUUUAUCUGCAGUGAACAUUUGCCGUUGUGCAGACCAUUUGCCUUAUGAGCCUAUUACAAGUUGAAUUUAGAAGAUAAGUAUCAUCAGCCAUGUAAUACAGUUUACCUCAACUAUUUCUGUUGAUUUGUAUGUAGAUCUAUUAACCUUUUGGAUAAAUACUACAACAUUCAA